AUGGAUGCCGCCAUCUGCAGUUUGGAGGCUAAAAUGUGGGGUAUUUACAAGGGCUUAACAAUGGUGCUAGAGAAGGGUUUGCACAAAGUUAUCAUCGAGACGGACUUUACCUUAGCUGAAGAAUUGCUCAAUAAAAGGCCACCUUCAAACUGCCCUUUCAGAAGCAUAGUGGAGGAUUCUAGACACCUAAUCCACAGGUGUAAUUGCUCUAUUCAACAUAUUCUACGAGAGGGUAACAAGUGUGUAGAUUUAUUAGCCAACAUGGGAGCUGACCAAUUGGAUCCAUUGGUGGUGGUAGAUGAACCACUUAUUGCUGUUAGAAACCAAAUUGUGGCUGAUAUGGUGGGGAUGGCAUAUCGGAGAAUCUAA